AUGGAGAAUAUGUCUGAGAGGAAGGUUGCAUGCAAGAGGUGGGCCACUAUUUUGUGUCCUCCAAUGGAGGCUUUGUUGAAGAAAUCAAUGGAUAUUGGGCGGCAUUGGGUUGUUAGUAUGUCUAGUCAGACUGUUUUUGAAGUUCAUUCAGAUAAAUCAGUGGCGGUUGAUCUUGGGAACAGCACUUGCUCUUGCCGUCAAUGGCAAAUUAAUUCAUUCCCAUGUUCACAUGCUCUUGCUGCAAUCCAAAAGGUUGGAGUGGAACCUGUGUAUAGUUACAUUGAGCCAUUUUACACCUGUCAAAGCUACAUGGAUUCCUACGCGCAUGGUAUUCAUCCUAUACCAAAUAUGGAGAAGUUUUAUGAAGAUGCAGCUAGUUUAACUUCUGUUGUUAAGCCUCCAUUGGUUAGGAGGCCAUCCGGCCAGCCAAAAUCUGUUCGAAUGAAGUCUGCAGCAGAAGGAGGCACGAGGAGGCGUAUCAAUUAA